UUCUAAUCGACUUUACUUGUGUAUUUUAAGCUUUUUUGUUGCUGUGCUUUUUCUGGAGAUUUUAGUUGGAUUGGAAAGCUCCUGUGUAAGGUACCCUUUCCUAAAGAAAAAUUGAAGUAAUUUGUACAAUUAUAACGCGCCGAGCUGUGUUUUAUUUUAUUGUUUCUAAGAAGAUGUAAGAAUACAAUAUUAUCAAUUUUAAUUGGUUUUAUCCAAAUCAAGAUUGUGUACAAUGGGAGUGAGUGAUGUAAUCUUCUAAUGCGUGUGGUGAAAAGAAGGCGAAUCCGUUAUUGUUUUUCUGCCCAAAUUUGAAGCUAUUUAAUAAAUCUUGAUAAAGUUAAAAAACUGUUUUGAUUUGUUUGUUUUUGUUUUAAUUGUUUCCCGUGAGUUUUCGAAAUUCGUUCCAGCAGAUUCUGUGGCUUCUACUGCCGGUAUUUUUACGUGAAAAAAAUACUGUUUUGUUGUGAGGUCAUUUACGAAAUCGUUACGUUAGGACCAACUUCUGCGGGUUGUACAACUCGAUGUAUGACAUAUCUUUCGGAAUACUGCUAAAAGUGUAAUUUUGUAUUGCGCUCUUUACUUUUACCAAUCUGUGGGAAAAGGCGGUACAAAAUUUUAACACGUGUUAUUCGUUUUUGUUAGUUUCGCGUAAUCUAAUUUUCUCGCACAUUUUGAAAAGAAUAUCCCACGCACAUCAAAUACUCGCGCAGUCUAUUCGCAAAAAAAACUGUUUUUGAGCAACGAAUUGUUCCGCAGAGCGUUUAUUUUCCUACCUCGUCCCCAGGGUUCUUCUAUAUGAUAUUCAAUUUUGAUGUAUUUCGGAAGAUGUUAGCGCCAAAGAAACAAGAAGUGCUAGGGAUAAAGUAUUGGAUAGUUUAAUUUUGCUUGCAACUUGCGAAAUGCUUCGCAACCUUUUUUUUAAUUUCUAGUGUUGUUGAUUCAAUGACGCUCUGUAUAUUGACUACUUUUUUUAAAUCUUGGUAUGUAUUGUCUUACACCAUGAUGUCAAUUUUGAAUUUUUAUCUCUUGGUUAAAGUAUGUUUUUUUUACUGUGGGGUAUCGCUGGCUGCUUGCAUCGGAAAACUCUAAUAACAAGUGCCAGGUCGGAGGUCCUAUUUUGCUCGGCGACUAACUUUAGAAAUUCGAGUAGCUGACAUACGGAGGCCAUUCUUGUCUCGAUGAUUCAUGAGACGCGCGAAAAAACUGCGCACGAGGUUCGGUUUCUCUUGGUUUUCUCGAACGCAUUGGUUUCUUCAAAAUUACUUGCGUUAUAAUUUUUAAUCUAUGAUCUAUUAUCAUGGAAAAAGACCAAGCAAAGAUUGAUUCAAGCGAUUUUAAAAUAGGUGAAUUCACUGUUUUUUUAUUUCAUUUUUAUUUCUGUUUAUCGUGAAAAAAAAUCAAUUUUGAUAUACUCGUGUUGUAGAAUAUGAUGGAAAAGGACUAUUUUCAAGUGACGAAGAAGAUGAUUCGUUCUUUAAAUCUGAUGCGAUAGAUGAAAUUUUAAAAAUACAAAAAAAUCAUGCGCAAUCUCGAAAAAGGAAACUUGAAAGAAUAGUGGAGCAAAAACAUGAAAGUAAAUCUGAUAUGGAAGUGGAAAAACCCCCAGAGAUUGUAGAAAAAGUGCAAAGAAAACAAAGUUGGACAGAAUGUGUAGACUCCUUACGAGAAGCUAAAGAAAUAAUUCAGCAACAUGAAAUAGAAACCGGAACAUCGUAUUCUAACUACUUUAAGGAUGUAGCUUUCGGUGAAGACAAAAUUGAAUUAAAAGGAAAGUGUAUUUUGUUUGAAGACAAAAAAUCUGCCAUCUCUCAAAUAAUGUUCGAAGGGGUACCGUUUAUAGUUGUUGGAACAAAAAGCCUUGAUUGCGCCCAUGGUACUGAUAGGAAUGCUUCUCACAAGAAAAAAAGAAAAGAAAAUAAGUUACAGAAUAAGAAUGAUCAUUCAAUCGGAGCCUCGCGCUUCUUAGCACAAGUAUCCAAAAAAAUGGAUUGUCCAGCGAAAAUUAUCCUUCGAGAUAUUAUUUCCUUUCCAGAUUACAAGAUAGACAAGUUAACUGAAUGGAAGAAGAAAAACUGCGCCAAAAAGUUGAAAAAUGACUGGGCAGCUAAUAAAUCCCAAGUGAAGACCAACAGAAAAAUUUGGAUAAAAAUAUUAGAUUGUCACGCAGACCAUUUGCAAGGAGAGCGCGGUGGUAUCAGUCAACAAGUCGAUUCAAGAAUAACAACGAAAAUUCACGCACUCGUUGGUCAAGGAGUAAGGCAAGUAAAAGAGAUGGAAAGACACAUAAAGAUAUAUGUUCAAAAUGAGUUGUUUUGUGAUAAAAUGCUUCCUUCACCAACAAACAGAAGAUUUUUUCCCACACGACGUGACAAUUGAAAAGCGCGUGUACCCUAAGAAAAGCAAAGCAGCCUCAUGUCGCGAGUUAUUGUCACAAAUAAGAUCGUUGACAUUCUUAGUUAAUGAUUUUGAUGCACUGGAAGACUUAGAGAUUUCUCUGAAAGAUCUCGUGCUAGGGAUGAAAGAUGAAGCUCCCCAGGAUUAUGGUCUGGAAGUGAGAGUGGUCAAGCCAAAUUCUGGGCGAAAGUUUGAUAAAAUUCCAUUACCUCGCAAAAAAGAACGCUACGUUGGACGUGUAGGUGUCGGAAAGGAUAAUUUUAAAAAAGCAGAAGCUGAUGUAAGCAAUAUCAUCAAUUUGCCAGCAAACAAGCCGAAACAGGACGCGAUUAUUGUAGAGGAGUUUAUCGACAAUGUAAUAGAUUUGUAAUACUGUAACUCCGCCUCAAUCUCCACCUGUCAUUAAUUUGAUCUCACCCGAGAAAACAGGAAAAACAGACGUUGUCUCGGGCCAGUUACCGAGUAAAAAACAAUU